AUGGGUCGUAGGCAGAGCGACUCAGAACUCGGCCGGUUUGCACUUCUGGCCCUUUUCUUGAUGGGUGCAAUCUUCUGUUGCAUGGUGUAUCUUUUCCUGUCUAUGGUCUCAAACCCCAAUAGCAUAACUGUUGAUUCGGUUUCAGAGUUGGGUGAGAAUGGCGGUGAAGUUGCAUUGGGGAGUGAAGAAAAAGAUGGAGAAGAUGGAGAAUGUUGUGGAGGGAUUGAGCAUUUGGAGCUUUGGGGUGAUGCUGUGAAAUGGGGUUCUCAGUUUAAGGUCAAUUCUUCUGAAGAAUGCUGCAUGGCUUGUAAAGCUAUGUGUGGAGAUCAAGGUGGGCCUUGUUUGUGUGAUAGUUGGGUGUUUUGUGGGAACAGAGUGGCUUGUGGACUUAGAUUUGGUGAGUGUUGGUUAAAGAAACAAAAGGAUACCUUGGAGCCUGAUCGGAAAGACUCAGGUGAUCUAGUUAUGUGGACUUCUGGAUUCAUCUUUGGAGAAAGAGAGGGUAUUGUUGGUUUGGAAACAGAAUAUGGUGUUCUUCGCAUAAAGCUGUUUCCUGAUUGUGCCCCACAUUCUGUUGCCUAUAUUCUUGAGAUGUUGCAAGUACCUCAUUAUGCAGGUUGUCACUUUAAUCGUGCAGAAGACCGUGGAAGUUUUUGGGACUCGCUAGGAAACCAUGUAGAAAAUGCUCCAUUUGGCCCGCCUUUCGCAUUAAUACAAGGAACACUUGAAGCACAUGGGAUCAUAUUUAAGAACAUUCCAACAGAGGUCUCUCACACCGUUAGAAGAGGAUCAGUUGCCUGGAUUGGUUCUGGCCCGGAAUUCUUCAUCAGCCUUGCCAACCAUUUUGAGUGGAAAAAAGCGUACACCGUGUUCGGUUCUGUUCUUCCGGAAGACAUGGAAGUUGCAGAGAAAAUUGCCCAGCUUCCAUCCAAACAGGAGGUCUGGAGUAGCAUUAACGUCUCUGUCUUGGAGAGACCCGUUGAUUUAUGGGUCCGAAGAAUCAAGUCAAACUCAUGA